AUGGCAGCAAAGGAUGUGCUUAUUUUGGGACGUUCAAAGCAGCGUGGUAGAUCAACACGGUUAUAUAAUAGGGGGAGCAGCAAGAAAACAUUCGUCAAUCAAGAUCGAUGCUCAGGCUACCCAUGUUCAACCUCCACCGAUUGUAAAGCGGAAGGAGAACUCACUGUCCAAAUGGAGGGAAAGGAGAACAAGCGCUCUUCUUCGCACUCCCAUCAGCCAACUCGAUCAUCUUGGAUGAGAAGACAGAGACCGACUUCAUCGACUUCCAAUGUCCAUGUGGAAUGCAACUUGCUCGCUGAAGUGGAGGCGCUUUUCACUAGGGCAGACCAUUCUUGUGAGAACGAGGGCUGA